AACCCAAUCCCUUAAACCUCGCCGACGACGAAAAAAUGGCAUUCUCGUCUCCUUCGCUCCGCCUUCUUCCUCAGUACCCAUUCGCUGCUAUAACCCCAAAACGACACCGUCUCAGUACCGCCUUUGCAUCUUCAUCAUCUUUCACUGUCCGAAUUCCGGCAUCGUCCACCGUAGUCCGCGCUGUCUCCGGAAAAUCCUCUACCGGGACGAAGUCAAAAUCGAAAUCAAAAGCGAAACCUCCUCCUCCUCCGCCUCCAUUUACUACUACUAUAGCUAAAGAUGAGAUGAAACAAGAAGACACUUUCGAAGUAGAAGAAAGUCACGAAUCAGAAACUGUCAACAUUGCUGAAGAUGUCACUCAAUUGAUUGGAAGCACACCGAUGGUGUAUCUCAAUAGAGUCACUGAUGGGUGUUUGGCGGACAUUGCAGCAAAACUCGAAUCAAUGGAGCCUUGUAAAAGCGUCAAGGAUAGGAUUGGUCUGAGCAUGAUAAAUGAGGCAGAAGACAGCGGAGCCAUAAGUCCGAGGAAGACUGUGUUAGUAGAACCAACGACCGGAAACACUGGCCUCGGGAUUGCUUUUGUGGCUGCAGCUAAAGGAUACAAACUCAUAGUGACAAUGCCAGCUUCCAUAAACGUUGAAAGAAGGAUGCUUUUACGCGCACUUGGAGCGGAGAUUGUGCUAACGAAUCCAGAGAAAGGUCUCAAAGGUGCAGUGGAUAAAGCCAAAGAGAUUGUUCUCAAGACGAAGAAUGCAUAUAUGUUUCAGCAAUUCGACAAUACGGCAAAUACAAAGAUACACUUUGAAACUACAGGACCAGAGAUCUGGGAAGAUACAAUGGGUAAUGUCGAUAUAUUUGUUGCUGGGAUUGGAACUGGUGGUACUGUGACGGGUACAGGAGGUUUCUUGAAGAUGAUGAACAAGGAUAUUAAGGUAGUUGGCGUUGAACCAUCAGAGAGAAGUGUGAUUUCUGGAGACAGUCCUGGUUACUUACCAGGAAUCUUGGAUGUUAAGCUACUCGAUGAAGUGUUCAAGGUUAGCAACGAGGAAGCAAUUGAGAUGGCGAGGAGACUAGCUUUGGAAGAAGGAUUGCUGGUCGGGAUUUCGUCUGGAGCCGCAGCAGUAGCAGCAAUCAGCUUGGCUAAAAGAGCUGAGAAUGCCGGAAAACUUAUCACGGUUCUAUUUCCGAGCCAUGGCGAGCGGUAUAUCACAACGGCUCUGUUUAGUUCCAUCAACAGAGAGGUUCAAGAGAUGAGACAUUAGUAGAAGCCAUUAGAAUCCCCUAAAGUAGAGUGUAAACAUCAUAUCCCUCUGCAACUUGGAAACGAGAGGUAAAACUCGUCAGUUCUAUCUACAAGGCCUUUUUGAAAAAACAUUUCUUGACACAAACUCACUGAAGUUACCAAGCACAAGAAAGAAGAGAUUGGGAUGUAGCCAAGAAAUUUGGAAUACUGUUCAAGUUUUGUAAUUGGGCCAGCGAAAUCAAUAUUGUUUGUAGAAAUUUAAGACCAAAUUAAUGGCCCAACGUAACAUAAGCUCACUAUAGACAUAUAUAAAAUUUUCGUUU